UAGUGUAUCAGCUUAGUACAUCAUUCUUUCAUUGUAGAAAUUAAGAUAAUUUAAUAGAAAGUUUCUAGUUAGUACGCGUAUCAAAUGCUCGGUGUAAACUAGGCCACUGGCUCACUGCUCAGUCUUCUAAACCCAACUGAUGAAGUUAAAGGUUAGGAGUAAAAUAGAAAGCAACGAAGGCAAGGCCAAUCGACGGCGAUGUCGAUAGGAAAAUAACUAGGCAUUCUUACGAAGUAUGAAUGUUCAACGUGUCAGUUCAACGUGUACAAAAAUUCUCGGGAUAGGAAAAAUGUAGCUUCUAAAAAAAUAUCUAUAAGCUAUCUUGAAAAAAAGUUGAAAAGAUCUUAUUACCAACAUGAACAAGACUUCGCAAAGAACUGGGCAAACAUUGAAGUAUGUGAGCUUAGUUACUCUCACACUUCAAAAUGCUAUGGUUGGCCUUAGCAUGCGAUAUUCGCGUACCCGAGCAGGGGAUAUGUUUCUUUCUUCCACUGCUGUUGUGAUGGCUGAAGUAAUCAAAUUGAUUACCUGCUUAGUAUUAGUAUAUAUCGAAGAGGGAAACUUUGAGAAAUUUUACAAAGCAUUACAUAUGACAAUCGUGAAACAACCUAUCGACACUUUGAAAGUUUGCGUGCCAUCCCUCCUAUAUAUUAUACAGAACAAUUUACUUUACGUUUCUGCAUCCAAUUUGGAUGCAGCUACACAUCAGGUGACGUAUCAGUUGAAAAUUUUGACGACGGCCUUCUUCGCAGUGACGAUAUUACGUAGAUCUCUACACACCACCCAGUGGGGUGCUCUUGUGCUCUUGGUCAUUGGAGUGGUCCUGGUGCAGUUGGCACAAACUGCAAAAGCGCCGUUACCCUCGGGCAUCGAGCAAAACCACUGGUUAGGCUUUUCUGCCGCUUUAAGCGCGUGUUUCUUGUCCGGCUUCGCGGGAAUUUACUUUGAGAAGAUUCUCAAAGGCUCCGACAUCUCGGUGUGGAUGCGAAACGUGCAAUUGAGCGUGUUGUCCAUACCGUUUGGCCUAGGCACGUGUUUCUUACAUGACGGUGCUGUCAUAGGUAAACGGGGCUUUUUCUUUGGUUACGAUCUGUUCAUUUGCUACCUGGUGGCUCUGCAAGCGGGCGGUGGAUUGAUCGUGGCCAUGGUAGUCAAAUAUGCCGACAACAUAUUGAAAGGAUUCGCCACGUCUUUGGCCAUCAUAAUCUCCUGCAUAGCCUCCGUUUAUCUGUUUGACUUUCACUUGUCGCUCCAGUUUAGUUUGGGCGCGUUCCUCGUCAUCUGUUCGAUUUUCCUAUAUGGCCACCAGCCGAAAAUUGCAGCGUCCCUCGAUAAGCACACGUCCGCUGAGAAGGUCUGAUAGUAGCGAAAAUACGAGAGUAUUUUCAGCGAAAUAUAAUACUCCUUAAAUUUUUCUCAAAUUUGUAUUAAUUAAUAUUAAAUUGAUACGUGAACUUUGUAAUAAACACUUAUCAAGAGUAGAAACCAUUUAAAUGCGUUAACAAUUAAUGCGUUUAAAUAGAACGAAAGGUUUAUAUUUAUAGAGAUGUAGCAAAUGCUAUUUUUGAAAAAAUAAUCGGUAAAAUCGAUCGUAAGUCUUCUGUAAAAAAGACGAGAGAAUUGUUACGUUGUAUAUAUAAAGAAGUCACGAGUGUGCAAUCAUGUUUUUAUAUAUCCGACUCUGAUUCUGAAUCACCUUGUGAUAAUCAAGAUGAACAAAUUAAGAAUAGCAGAACGAAAUAGAACUAUUGAAACAAAAUUACGCACCGUAAUAGUUCUAUCUGUUUGUUACAAAUACAAUGACACUAUUUGUAUUUAUUUUUAUAUAGCUUCAAAGACACAUUUCAAACCAAUUUGAUCAAAAUGUAUUGAUAGGCCAGUAAGUUAUUAUAUUCGCACUAUGUACUUAAUUUAAAUAGAUUUUAAUAAAUGCAGUUUUUACGAAAA